AUGGUUGGCGAUGACACCGUUUUGCCUUGUCAGCUGGAACCUGCCAUGGAUGCUUUUAAAAUGACAAUGGAAUGGGGGAGACUUGACUUGGACCCCAGGUUUAUAUACGUGUGGCACGAUGGUAAGGCGCUUCUGGAUGACCAAAAUACGGCCUACGAGGGAAGAACAUCGUUGGCCAUCGACAAACUGAAGCAUGGAGACAUUUCACUGAAACUCUCCAAAGUGAAAGUCUCUGAUCAUGGAACCUACAGAUGUUACAUUCCAAAACAGAGUAAACAAUAUUUUGUAGAGCUUCUUGUUGCUGCCAUCUCCUCACCUGGUAUCAGUUUAGCAAGGCUUCAUAAAGACAGUGGUAGAGUGGUGUUACAGUGUGAGUCUAAAGGCUGGCAUCCAGAGCCAGAGGUGCUGUGGCUGGACGGUGAGGGAAAGUUCCUCUCUGCUGGACCUACAGAGACAGUCCGAGGUCCUGAUGACCUCUAUACUGUCAGCAGCAGAGUGACUGUGGAGAAGAGACACAGCAACAACUUCACCUGUAGAGUCCAACAGAAGAUCAUCAACCAGACCAGAGAGACACAGAUUCAUGUUCCAGAUGAUUUCUUCAUGGCCACAUCUAAUUGUGCAGCUUCUAUCAGCUUCAGUGUGGUGUUCUGCUUAAUGUUAAUUAUUGCAGUUUCCUUUUCUGUCUGGAGACAAAACAAAAUCAAGAUGCCGUGUCGAGACAUGAAUGAGGAGCAAGCGGAGAGAACCAAAGCUACUAAUAAUAGCACAGAACAUCGGCCUUUAAUGGGAGGUGGAGAACUGAAGAGAACGGAGGAUUUGGAAAAGAAAAAAGCGGAACAGAAAGAUGUGGUGCAGUUGAUUGAUUCUCUGGUGGGACUGAGGAAGGAACUGCAGAAGCAGAAAAUGCAACUUACUUCCCAAAUGCAGAAAGCUGAGAAAGAGGUAGAGGAGACUGAACAAGAGGUUAAAUCAGUAGAGAAAGGAGUAACAGAAAAGGAGGGAGAUAAGACGGCUAACAAAGCAAAUGGAUAUUUAAAACUAAUGGAAAUCAUAACAGAGGGCAACUCUAAAGGAGAAGAGAGAAAGAAAGCAUUUCAGGAACUGCAAAUGACCACAUCCAACCUAAUGAUGAUAACAUCUGAGCAAAUUAAAAGAAUUGCAGAAAAGAACAAACUAGAGGACUACAUGGAGGAAAUUGAACAACAGCUACAGGAAAAAGGGACAGAAACAGGAGAUGCAGGGGGAAUAAAACAAGACAAAACAAAUCCUAUGAAAUGA